UUUUACAUCUACGAUAAAUAAAAAUUCUGAAGUUUUGUUUAUGCAACUCCUCCAAACCCUUGUAAUCAUAUAUUCUUCCCCAAUCUCCCACACUGCUCUGAGCCUCUGAGAUCGACGCUUUCAGUUUCGUUUUCGGACACGUCUUCGUCUUCAUCUUAUUGGCCAAGAGAGUUAAACUGAAGGAUGUUCAGUUCGAACCCUUUUGGGCAGUCUUCUAGUAGCCCAUUUGGGUCCCCAUCAGUCUUUGGGCAGACCAGCAAUGCAAAUAACAAUCCAUUUGCUCCAAAGCCCUUUGGUACUUCAACACCUUUUGGUUCACAAACUGGGGGUUCUUUAUUUGGGGGUACAUCAACUGGAGUUUUUGGUGUAACAACCCAACCGUCUUCACCAUUCUCUUCCACUGCGACCUUUGGUGCUUCAUCAUCACCGGCAUUUGGAAGUACAAUGUCUGCUUUUGGAGCAUCUUCUACUCCUUCUUUCGGUACUUCAUCAUCAUCAUUUGGUGGGUCAUCUGUUUUUGGUCAGAAGCCUGCUUUUGGUGGCUUUGGGUCCACUCCUACUCCAACAAGUCCCUUUGGAAGCACAAAUCAACAAUCACAGCCAGCAUUUGGAAGUAGUAUGUUUGGUUCCACUGCACCUUUUGGUGCAACAAGUCAAUCUGCAUUUAGUGCAAGUAGUACUCCAGCUUUUGGGUCAACCGGCACUCCUGCAUUUGGUGCUGCAAGCACCCCAGCCUUUGGUGCUACAAGCUCUCCAGCCUUUGGUUCAGCAACAACUCCUACAUUUGGCAGCACAGGGACUGCAUUCGGUGUGUCAAAUGCCCCUGUAUUUGGAUCUGGCGGAGCAUUUGGAGCUUCAAGCAGCCCUAUGUUUGGUUCCUCAAGCACACCUGCAUUCGGUGCCUCGAGCACUCCUGCAUUUGGUGCCUCGAGUGCUCCUGCAUUUGGUGCCUCAACUACUCCAGCUUUUGGUGCCACAACAUCUGCAUUUGGUGCUGCAAGUACUCCUGCUUUUGGGGCUUCUACUUCCCCGUCCUUUAGCUUUGGGUCCACUCCAGCUUUUGGUCAAUCAAGUUCUACAUUUGGUAGCAGCCCAUUUGGAAGCACAACUCCUUUUGGAGCCCAAAGUUCUCCAUUUGGAGCACAAUCUACAGCACCAGCAUUUGGUGGCACUGGCAUUGGGCAGUCACCUUUUGGGAGUCAACGUGGGGGAAGUAGAGUAGCUGCUUACACUCCAACAACUGAAGCGGACAAUAGUGCUGGUGCACAGGCUGGUGGGAAAUUAGAGUCAAUAUCAGCUAUGCCUGUAUACAAAGAUAAAAGCCAUGAGGAGCUGAGAUGGGAGGACUAUCAAUUGGGAGAUAAAGGUGGACCACUCCCUGCUGGUCAGCCUUCUGGUGGGAUAAGCUUUAAUUCAUCUCCCUCCCCAUCAUUUGGCCAGUCAGCUGCAAAUCCUUUCUCUUCCUCAAUGCCUUCCAAUCCAUUUGCACCAAAAAAUUCCAGCAUUGGUGCUUUAAAUUUUACAAGCACAGCUACUCCUCAGUUCAGUUCUUCACCUUUUAGUGCAUCAACUUCAUCCAGCCUUUUUGGAUCAGCAUCAUUAUCAACAACGACAAAUACAUUUGGUCUUAAUUCAUCUCCAUCUAUAUUUGGUCAACCAUCUAUCUUUAAUUCUGGUUCAGCUCAGACAACAAAUCCAGCAUUUACUAGUAACACUCAGUCAUCCCCUUUAUUCCAAUCCUCUCCACCAAUCGGGCAGACGAGCUCCACAUUUGGACAAUCUUCAUUUGGACCGACUACAAAUUCACCCUUUGGUCAAGGACUCGGUCCUUCCUCCACUGGAUUUAACACUUUUUCAAGCACUCCAUCACUUAGUUUCAGUCAAACAAAUCCCUCUUUUUCAAUGCCUUUUCAACCGGCUCAGCCUGCUCAGACAGCUAGCACUUUUAACCUUAGUAAUUAUGGUCAGACACAACCAGCUGGUGGAAGUAUCUUUGCUGGAUCAUCAGGCACUUUGGGUCAAAGUAACAUUGGACAAUUGUCUGCUACCCAGAGCUCUGCAGUUUUACAACCAGUACCUGCUACAAAUCCAUUUGGAACACUCCCUGCAUUGCCUCAAAUGUCAAUUGGUCGAGUUGGAACCACACCUUCAAUUCAAUACGGAAUUUCCUCCUUGCCAGUUGUUGAUAAACCUGCUCCUGUCCGAAUAUCAUCCUUAUUGACUUCUCGACACCUGUCACAAAGGCGGAUUAGGUUGCCUGCAAGGAAAUAUCAUACUAAGCAUGAUGGGCCGAAGGUUCCAUUCUUUAGUGAUGAUGAAGAAACACCCAGCAGCACACCAAAGGCAGAUGCUCUUUUCAUUCCUAGGGAAAAUCCAAGAUCACUGGUCAUUCGUCCCAUAGAGCAGUGGCCUAUGAGAGCUAGUGUUGAGAAAGCAUCUCCAUUGAAGGAAUCCACUUUGGUGCAUGAGAAUGGGAAAGUUUCUGAAGAGGCAGGCACUCCUUUUCAAGGUGGCUCCAUCUCUGAGUAUAAGGAUAAAAGUUCAGUUGAAAAUGGUCUUGCCAAGGAACGUGUUCAUAAUCUCAAAGUCAAUCAGAAACCAAAUGGGGUUCAUGAAGAUCAUUCUGUUCAAAAAGGGGAUUCUUAUAUGACACUCAGUGGACACAGAGCUGGUGAGGCUGCCAUUGUGUAUGAGCAUGGGGCUGACAUUGAGGCACUAAUGCCAAAGCUCCGACGUUCUGAUUACUACACUGAGCCGCGAAUCCAAGAACUAGCAGCGAAGGAAAGGGCUGAGCCAGGGUUCUGCCGUCAUGUCAGUGAUUUUGUGGUUGGACGUCAUGGCUAUGGCAGCAUCAAAUUCCUAGGCCAGACAGAUGUGCGGCGGCUUGAUCUUGAGGCUCUUGUUCAGUUUAACAAUCGCGAAGUGAUCGUAUACAUGGAUGACAGCAAGAAACCUCCCAUUGGACAAGGCCUAAAUAAGCCUGCUGAGGUAACACUUCUUAAUGUAAAAUGCUUUGACAAGAAAACUGGACAGCAGUAUACAGAAGGGCCAAAGAUUGAAAAGUACAAGGAGAUGCUGAAGAGGAAGGCUGAGGACCAAGGUGCUGAGUUUGUGUCUUAUGACCCCAUCAAAGGAGAGUGGAAGUUCAGAGUCAAUCACUUCUGAUUGCAUACUGGGAGAUGAAGAUGAUUGGGAUAUUUGUUCGCUGACAAGAAAGUGCCAGCAUCAAUGUGUUUCAUAUCUGAUUUUGGGAGAAGACGAUUGUAUUAAUGCAUUAUGGGUUUUGUCCUGAAAGAGGAUUGAUUUAGUUUUUUCUUUUCCUGUAUAGAAUUCACCAAAUUGUGGUAUAUCAAUGCGUCACGUGCCCUUUUUUGUGUUGUGGGUUUUACAAUUUUUGUUCACUUUUUUCUAGGCUCGAAUGGGCUUUGUAUUUGAUGUUCAGUCAUUUUGAUAUGUUAUUUUUAGUUUUCUUUCAAUCAGCUUUUUAUUGUGGUGAAA